AUGCUUCUGUAUCAUGGAACAAGGAUACAUACAAGACCACCAUUUAAUUUCCAAUUGUUUCAGAAACCAGAUUGGGAAAUGCUGCAGAACGAACAGCCAUCACAAACAAUGAUGUUCGAAUCAUCUUAUAGCAAUAAUCAUAUUGAAUUUGAUGAUCCUGUUCAUGAUUUUCUUUCCUUCGAUAUGGUUGAUUUCUCAACAUUUUCACAGGCACCAACAGAAGAAAACAACAACGAGCGAAAGCAAUUGAAGACGAAGACUGAAGCUAAGCAGAGAAAUAUGGAAAGGCCAUAUAUAGGUGUGAGGAAAAGGCCAUGGGGGAAAUAUGCUGCUGAAAUCAGAGAUACAACGCGGAACGGGACGAGGGUCUGGCUCGGAACAUUUGAAAGUGCUAUGGAUGCUGCUUUGGCUUAUGAUCAAGCUGCAUUUUCAAUGAGAGGUUCCAAUGCUGUUCUCAAUUUUUCGGUCGAAAAGGUGAAAGAGUCUUUGCAAGAGAUGGAAUAUGAUUGUGGCAAAGGGUGUUCACCUGCACUUGCACUCAAGGAGCUGAACUGCACCAAAAGAAAAUUGUCAUCUAAAGCUCAAUUUAGUCAAGGGGUUAAGGAAUCUUCUGAGCCUCAAAAUGUGUUGGUGUUACAGGACUUGGGAGUUGAAUAUCUUGAGCAACUUCUAAGCAUGUCCGAUCAAACUUCAAGUCCUAGCUAGCUACUCGAAGUAAACCUAUUUGAUGAUUAAUGGUUGGAAUUGAAUAAGAUUUUGAAUCAAGCUUAAACCUAUCACAUCACAUAUCAUAUCCCACAUUUCUCUCUUAUUUCUUCCCUUCUUUCUUAGAUGGAAGUGAAAAUCAAGUGUCAAUUAAGGUAUACUGUUUAUCUUUGUAGGGUGUGGAUUUGGUAGGUAGUUUGCAAGAUUAGUAUUUGCUCGGUAUAACUCUUUUCUAUGUUCCUUGGUUAUUAGUUGUAAUGUGUUGGAGCACC